AUCAAACUCCCACUUUCUACGUGUAUAAAUUGAUAUGUUGAGCAUGCAACUCAACCACAACACAAACCAAAAUAAAAACAAACACACUUAUUUGCAUCUUAUUUCGGCGUAAGAAAUGGCUCAAGCAAUCGUAAAGAACCAAGAGGUUGAAUACUACGGACCUUAUGGUUCUAAGCUCCCAGAAAACUAUCGCAUGCAACUUGUUAAUGGAGAACGUUUCAAAGAAGUUACAGUAAGGCAUGGGGACGUAGUGGACGCAUUGAGGUUCGUGGUAGCUAAGCCAGAUGGGACUACCAACACUUACCAGUUUGGUGGAAACACCGGCGCUGUAAGCAAGAUAGCGCUCAAGGAUGGCGAGUACUUGACAAAAAUCAGUGGUACUUCUGGAAACUACACAUACCAAGGUAAUAAUGUGAUGAUUGCUACAGUGAAGAUACACACCAACUUAAAUCCGAAUGGAUAUGGACCAUUUGGAACCGGUAGAUUCGUCAAAAAUAUGGAGAAAUUUUCAUCACCGGACAAGAAUAAUUUACCUCUUGUUGGAUUUAUGGGGAGGAACGGCACAUAUGUCGAGUCGGUUGGAAUCAUGAUCUCAAAGGCACCAGAGAUUGAAAUUUUUGGGCCUUAUGGUUCUAAGCUCCCACAAAACUAUGACCAACAACUUGAAGACGGGGAACGUUACAAAGAAAUUACAGUAACACAUGGGUCUAUAGUGGAUUCACUCGGAUUCGUGGUAGCUAAGCGAGAUGGGAGUACUGCCACUUAUCAGUUUGGUGGCAAAGGCGCACAUGUAGGCAAGAUAAUACUCAAAGAUGGAGAAUACCCAACAGCAAUUAGUGGAACAUCUGGCAACUAUAAAUAUCAAAGUGAUAAUGGUGUGUUGAUUGCUACUAUGAAAAUACACACUAAUAUGAAUACGAAUGGAUACGGACCAUUUGGAAAAGGUAUUGACGUCCAAAAUGUGGAGAAAUUUUCAUCACCAAACAUGAUUAGUAGUCCUAUUAUUGGAUUUUUUGGAAGGAAUGGCAGGUAUCUCGAGGCCGCAGGAGUCCUGGUCCAAAAGGGAUCCCCUCCAAAGAAUUAAACGCAAGGUGAUGGAUGACGUAUGAGUAAAUACGUUCAUUAUGUGUACUUUCUAUUUUCUAAUAAGCCACAUUAAUUUAUAUAUUAUGAGUGAGUGGCCUCUCAAGAGUGAUUGUAAUCAUAAACUUGAGUGAAUGUUGUAUUGUAUUUUCCUAAUUUACGCUAUGUAUUGUCUUAUCUAAGAUAAUAUAAAGUCUCAUUUCCCCUUUUCAA